GGAGGGGUAAGACAGAUAGAGAGAGCAGUGAGUAAAAGGGGACGAGAAGGGAGGGGAAAGAGAGAGAGAAAGAGAGCGAGAGAGAGAGAGGGAGAGGGAGAGCAGAGGGGGAGCACAUGUGUAUGCUUGUCACUAAGGGGCUGGGAGAAGGACUAAGGGAAGCGAGGUAGCUGGCCACAGCCGCCAUAUGCUGAGUGGAUUCCUGUUCAUGUCUGCUGUGUGAAGCCUGCAGGUCUGUGUGUGUUUGUGCUGUUGGCCGGCCGGGAACAGAACACACCAUGGGAAGCUCACAUCUGCUCAACAAAGGCAUGCCUCUAGGCAUCAGGCCACCUAUCAUGAAUGGGCCCAUGCAUCCGCGCCCCCUGGUGGCGCUGCUGGACGGACGUGACUGCACCGUAGAAAUGCCCAUCCUCAAAGACGUAGCAACUGUGGCUUUCUGCGAUGCUCAGUCCACCCAAGAGAUCCACGAGAAGGUGUUGAAUGAGGCGGUUGGAGCUCUGAUGUACCACACAAUCACUCUGAUGAAGGAAGACCUGGAGAAGUUCAAAGCUCUACGUAUCAUUGUGCGCAUCGGUAGCGGCUACGACAACAUUGAUAUCAAAUCUGCAGGAGAACUGGGUAAGGACAGAUGGACAGCUGGACAGAUGGACAGACUGAAAGACUCCACGCUGUGCCACAUCCUCACCCUGUACCGACGCACCACAUGGCUGCAUCAGGCUCUGCGGGAGGGCACGCGGGUUCAGAGUGUGGAGCAGAUACGGGAGGUGGCGUCUGGUGCAGCGAGGAUCAGAGGAGAGACGUUGGGACUAAUAGGACUAGGUCGAGUGGGGCAGGCUGUAGCUCUGCGGGCUAAAGCUUUUGGCUUCAAUGUCAUUUUCUAUGACCCCUAUUUGGCUGAUGGAGUAGAACGAUCCCUUGGACUACAGAGGGUCACCACACUACAGGACCUGCUUUUCCACUCUGACUGUGUUUCUCUGCACUGCAGCCUGAACGAGCACAACCACCACCUUAUCAACGACUUCACCAUCAAACAGAUGCGUCAGGGGGCGUUCCUAGUAAACACAGCCAGAGGGGGAUUGGUGGACGAGAAAGCUCUGGCUCAGGCUCUUAAGGAGGGCAGGAUACGUGGAGCUGCUCUCGAUGUUCAUGAGACGGAACCCUUCAGUUUCAGCCAAGGGCCACUGAAAGACGCCCCCAAUCUGAUCUGCACCCCACACGCUGCCUGGUACAGUGAACAGGCUUCCAUGGAAAUGAGGGAGGAGGCAGCCAGAGAGAUCAGAAGAGCUAUCACAGGUCGUAUUCCAGACAGUCUGAAGAACUGUGUAAAUAAAGAGUUCCUCAGUCAGAACAACCACUGGGCAGGAGUUGACCCAGCAACUGUCCACCCCGAGCUUAAUGGGGCUUAUAGGUAUCCUCCCGGCGUCGUAAGCUUACCAGCCGGCGGGCUGCCGCCUCCAGUUGAAGGCAUCGUGCCCAGUGCGGUGCCCAUGUCGCACACACUCCCGCCUGCUAUCACACAUCCUCCACAUGCCCCAUCUCCGGGACAAAACACUGUCAAACCACAAGAGGGUGACAGAGAUCAGCAUCCAAACGACCAACUGUAGCCACACACUUUCACAUUCACACACACGCACACACACAGGAGUACACACAUAGAGCCCGUCCCUGUUUGUCUGGAGGAGGUCAGCUGGUGACGAAGCAGUAAAUUCCCAUGUGUCAAGAUGAUGAUUAUGAGAUGUGCAAAGUGUCGGAGUAAAAGGUUUGAGGUCCUUUAACAAUCCAUUCCCAACUUUGGAGCAGAUAUUUCCCAGCAGCAUCCUGAAGAUGAUGAUGAUGAUGAUGAUGAUGAUGAUGGCAGAGAAGAAGAGGAGUGGAUAGCUGUUUAAUUUAGCACAAGCACAAGACAGUUGUCCAGCCACGACGUACGACGCGAGACUACAAGGCUGUGUUCAUACUUGUCACGUUUAUUUAAAUCUGAUUUCAUUUGUAAAUAUUUCCGCUUAAAUGUAAAGAAGCAGUAGGUUAACAAGAUCUCCUAAAAAUGUGGGAUUCAUUCCACUUCCAAAUAGAUUUCGUUUGCUUCUGAUGAAACACAGUGUAACAAAAUACAUAUGAAGAUAUCACUAUUCAACCAUAAAUGAAUUUCCAAGUAGUAAAUUCAAAAUGUAGGCAAACAAAACAGAGGCAUGCCAAGUGGAAAUUUGAAAAACAAAUCUUUUCCAUAUGACUUCUUUGUUCCAGUGAAGAAAAUCUGGACUAGUACAGUAGGCUAUUUUUUUGUUGUUGAGGGAAACACAUUUAGUAAAAGGAAUUUUCCACAUAAAAAAAAACAAACGACAAGUGUGGACACAACCUAAAAGUCUUACGCAGAUCAUAAAUAAAAAAUUUGGAAAUGAUAAAAAUAACUUCUGCCAUCUUAGACUGUAGCGUGUCUUAAGUAAGCACCUUUCAUGUCUUUGUCCUUUAUCUGUGUCUUUUCUUUAGUUUGAUGUCUAUGCGAGUGGUAGAUACUGACUUGAAUGUAACCUGUCUAUCUACAGUUUUCAGACUUGCGGCAAAGAAGAUACUAUUGUUUGUUAUUCCUGUUGAUCAAAAAAAAAAAAAAAGAAGAAGAAAGAAACGACUUAUCUGACCUCUUCUGUGUAGCCUAACCACAGACCAUACACGAAUGGACAAAGCAAUCUGGUUGCAUAGUGAGGCCAUGGAUAGACUUAAAGGUUUUGAAAGCAACAUCAUAAAACUGGAGGUGUACGGCACACUGCAGCUGCUUAACUCCUUGAUUACAACAAAGCACCAACAUGCUCUCUUCCACCUACUUUACUUUUAAGUUUUUAAAACUGACAAUAACCCAACAUUUCCAAAAAAUACAACAGAGUUAAAUGUACAUUUCAUUAAGAAGCCUCUAUUUUGACGGCAUAUUUGAUUGACAACAAACUCUCAUCUUAUGUCUUUAAGGUCUACUGAUAAAGAUCAACUUCCUGUUGCAACCACGUAGCUAUGUUCACUUCAUAUUCACGUUCUAUGUUGUAGCCAAACUGGUUUGAGAAACAACCUUGUUUUUACUUUUUAUGUGCCCCUAAAAUUACAAGCCCCCUCCCUAGAAAAAGAGGCAGCUUUUUGCACACCUUCUCAGGAAAUUGAGUUUCCGCUGUUUGGAAUGUUUUAUUUUCAUCUUUGUUCAUUUUAUGUCACUCAGUGAGUUUGUUUUGUACCUGCUUGCCUUUGUUAUUUUCCUACACAUUAGAAUAAGAAUAGCAGCAAAAGCUAAAGCCAAUCUGAUCUUUGCUUUUGUUUAUGUUAAAGGGGCAUGUGAUUUUGCUCUUGGUCUUACAUUGGAAACAAACAGGAAAAAAAAUGAAAAAAAAAACUCCUACACUGAAAGUGCAGUAGGAGGAAAAGGCUGCAGGCUGGUGGCAAAAUGGUAUUCUAGGACAGAGCGACUUUUUUCCACAAUCACACUUUGUUGUUGCUAAAAAAAAAUAGUUCAUCCCAAUGGCUCCUGUCUAACAGAUUAGAUCUAGAUGUUCUAGAUCUGCUUUUCUUGGUCUUCUUCCUGUGCAAUGAUCCAGUACUUCUUAAAGUUGCUCCAAGUGCAACCUCGUUUUCGGAAAAGUGACAUCCCUAUUUAGGUACAUUAAAAAUAUCGCUGACAACUGAAACAGUUGUGUAAGAAUUUUGUAUUUUCAAGGUUAUUGAUUUACUGAGAAGGCUUGCCGUUUUAAACACAACAUGUUUGGGCAAAUGAAAAAAAAAAACAACAUGGGUGAAAAUAUACAGAAUAAGAAUAGCAUGUCAGAAUACCAUGGACAGCUCCAGUAGUAUGCCUUUAACAUUUCACAUUGGCCCCUUCCCUGAGUAUACCGUUUGGCCACCCUCCGCGGCCUCUGUCUAUGUGUACAUAUGAUGUUCUGCCUGCCUGUGUCAAUGUGACUUGGUUGUAUCUGUGUCUUAAAAAAAAAGCAGCACUGGGAGGAGGGGUGGUGGCUAGCACUCUCCAUAUGACGUCAUCACAAAUACUGCCAUCGAAAUGCACAUUAAUGAAGAUAACAAACAGAAACGAGAACAAAAACAACUAUUUACUGGUUACAUUCCCGCACUGUACCAUAAAAAAAAACACUCUUGGUUAUAAUAUUUAUUACCUGUUGCAGCUUGUGCGUUGUCGGUGUUAGCUGACUAACUUACAUUACACCUUGACUUAACGACAACUGUGUAGGUCAGCUACAACUGUGUAGGUCAGCUAUAAGAUGGUGCUGUCUCAACCCCCUUCUGCCAGCAGCUGAGUGGUAAAACAGUUCACUGUUCACUACCUAUUUGUUUUCAUGGUGAGGUAGAAAGUGUAGCAAUCAGGGAUGAUAAUUUCACAAGCCCAAAUAAAGCCGGUGUAGAUUGAACUCAAACUAGAUGCAUGAAAUGGUCCUUUAGUACGUAGUAGUCACAGCCCGUGAUAUUUGAAGUGCAUUUCUGAUAUUUAGCAAGAGCUGGGGUCAGUAACUAUAUUCAGGAUGCUAAAACAUAUUCCGCAAUUAGGUAGAAACCUGAACUAUUCCUUUAAUGUUUUCUGACUGAUGGAGCAGUAACUUCGUAGUUUCACUAACUACUACAAAACGUUGUUUUAUUCUCUUUCCUGGGUGUUAGAAUAAUAAUAUUGAUAAUAAUAAUAAUAAUAAAAACAAAGUUUCUUCAGUGUUUUGGUGAAAUUUCAUCCCUGAUAGUGACAUACAGUCAACUGCUGCCUACCUUGGUUCCUUUUAUGGUAAAGUAGUAGGCGUAGCAAUAUAUACAGUAUACAUAUUCUAUAUUCUACGGUAAAUAUCAUUAUUUUUGGUCAAAACCGACAACCUGACAAAGAUAUGUUUGUGACUGUAUGCAUUUGUAUGAAUUAUUUUAAAAGGAAAUAAACUGUGGAAAGGUGAAAA